CUUCCGCAGUUUAUCCCGUCAACGCAGUUCUCCCUUUUUCCUUCAACACAGUCAUCUUUCAGCCACCGCCAAAGACGCAUCAGGACUUUCGCCAGUCUAUUCUGCAUACUCACCACAACUUCGUAGUCCAGGAAGUCCAGGACCCAGCAUGAGCAGCUGCAGCAGUGAUGCAGAGGAUGCAUCACCCAGUCACUCUCCUACAUCUCCCGCCUGUUUACCAACAUCACCGAGCAUAACUCCGUCGAGUCCUAACUAUUCGCCGACGAGUCCUAAUUACACGCCGGCAAGUCCUAGCUAUUCACCAACGAGUCCAAGCUACUCUCCGACAUCGCCUAGUUAUUCGCCAGCGAGUCCAACGUAUUCACCAAGAAGUCCAAGCUAUUCACCUACAUCGCCAAACCACUCAUCGACAUCACCGAGUUAUUCACCGACAAGUCCUAAUUACUCACCGACAUCGCCUAGUUAUUGUCCAGCGAGUCCAUAUUACUCGCAAACAUCACCAGGUGAUUAUCCAACAUCACCAAGUUACUCGCCAAUGAGUCCAACCUAUUCCCUGGCGUCACCAACUUACGAAACAGAUGACUAAGAAGUAUUACGAAUAUCUGUAUGAAUGUUUACAACUAAACACUCAGUACAGACUAGGUAUAAGUACGAUAAAUUGUAAUUAUCGGUGUUGCAAUUCUAAAUUUUCUAAGUCCAUAAAUGUAUGUAUAUCUUCAAAAAAAAAAAUAAAAUAACAUCUUAUCGACUUUUCCACGAAA